AUGUGUGCAACCAUUUUUCAACCUCACAAACCAAUCAAAUCUGAAGCGAGCGCGUUGGAAAAGGCCAAACGGGUCAUGUACGGCCGCUUCGGCGCGCCCGACGACAAGGAGAAGAAGAAGCAAGGCGCGGCGGGUGGUGCCAUCGCCAAGGGGAAUGUGAAUGCGGAUCGACAUAUGCGCAGGGUGAACGCAACGGAUGACCGGGUAAUUGGCCACCAUGUUCUGCUUUCUGCUCUUCCUCCCUUGUUGAGCUCGGGUGUGUUGGUGUGUCCUUCGGAACGGAUAGACAGACUUUAGAAAAAUUGAAGAAACGACAGAGGAAGAUCGCCCGCGUUGUCGUUGUCGUCAUUGCAUGCAUGACGGGAGAAACUAUGUACCUUGAGAGAAACAGCCAAACCAAAGUGUGUAUGGGUGUUUGUAUGAAUUCAACGGCUUAUUGUAAUGUGUAA